UACGAGGACUGCCGGAUGGUGGCUGUGGAGGCCCCGUACGUGGCGGGAUUCUUGGCCUUCCGAGAGGUGCCUUUCCUGGUGGAAGCUCUUCAGAGACUGGAGCAGGAGCAGCCCAGCCUCAAGCCUCAGGUUCUUCUUGUAGAUGGGAAUGGCCUGCUCCAUCCCAGAGGAUUUGGUGUGGCCUGUCACCUUGGGGUCCUGACAGAUCUACCAUGCAUUGGUGUAGCCAAGAACCUCCUGCAUGUGGAUGGCUUGGCCAAGGAUGAGCAGCACAAAGAGCAGAUUCGUUCCCUGCAGAAGGAAGGAGACUCAUUCCCACUGGUGGGCACAUCAGGGAGAGUCCUGGGCAUGGCCCUGCCCAGCCACAGCAAGAGCUCGAGGCCUCUUUAUGUCUCGGUGGGUCACAAGGUGAGCCUGGAGACAGCCGUGCGGCUGCUCCGCUCCUGCUGCCGCUUCCGCGUCCCCGAGCCCAUCCGCCAGGCUGAUAUGAGGUCGAGGGAGUAUAUUCGGAAGCAGCUGUGCUCACCACUGCAGGUCCUGUCUUCUGGGCCAGAGAGCACUGAAAAGGAGUCUGAACUGGAUGAUUAG